ACCUUUUUGAAUAAGCUGAACCUAGCACAACAGCAGCUCAGACAUCUCCUUCCGCCGCCAUCCUCCAUCCCGAAGCUAAACGGUGACAGAAACUCAUCAGAACAUGAGCUUUACGGUCGAAGAGAGGGGAAACCCGAACACUCUGGGCUACCGCCUGUUCUUUAAGAAUGCAGAGGGAAAAUACAUCUCACCGUUCCAUGACAUCCCCAUGUAUGCCGAUGAGAGUCGGAGCAUCUUUAACAUGGUGGUCGAAGUACCAAGAUGGACAAACGCAAAGAUGGAGAUUGCUACAAAAGACAUCCUAAAUCCAAUAAAGCAAGAUGUGAAGAAGGGCAAGUUGCGUUAUGUUGCCAAUGUUUUCCCACAUAAAGGCUACAUAUGGAACUAUGGAGCCAUUCCCCAGACAUGGGAAGAUCCAGCUCAUAAAGAUGGAGACACCGGCUGUUGUGGCGACAAUGAUCCUGUUGAUGUUUGUGAAAUCGGCAGUAAGGUGUACUCACGCGGGGAGGUCAUCAAAGUAAAGGUACUUGGGGUUCUGGCCAUGAUUGAUGAGGGGGAGACUGACUGGAAGGUGAUUGCAAUCAAUGUAGAGGACCCUGAAGCAAAUGACCUGAACAACAUCAGUGAUGUUCAGCGCCUGAAACCUGGUUAUCUGGAAGCCACGGUGGACUGGUUCAGGAGGUACAAAGUGCCUGAUGGGAAACCAGAGAAUCAGUUUGCCUUCAACGGGGAAUUCAAAGAUAAGGACUUUGCCAUUGAAGUAAUCAAGAACACACACAACUUCUGGAAAUCUCUUAUUUCUCAACAGGCAAAUGCUGGUGAACUCAGCUGCAAAAACACGUGCGUGUCGGCUUGUGACAGCCCUUACUGCUGCUCGGCAGAUGAGGCCAAGACUGCUGUUGGAGAGACAUGUCCCUGUGGAAAAGAAGAGCCUAUUCCUUCAUCGGUGGAUAAAUGGUACUACUACGAGAGGAAGUGAUCCAGGUGCUGAACGGGUUGGAGGAGAUGGAACAGCCGGAUUUGUGACAAUACUUGAGGCUUGGAUUUUCUUAGGACAUAAUGCCAACAUUGCAUAGCUGCAACAUUUGUCAUCUGUUUUCCUGCAGAUGGAGAGAUAGUGGUUAGAGACUUUAGACAAAGACAAGUCCGUAUGUGAUAUCUGGACCAACCAAUUCUAACUUAAGACGGAGCUCUUUGCAGAUGUACUGUCGGGUCAUGUGCCGCGAACAUGCUUGUGCACUGCACUGUGCUGCACUGCUGUAAUAAAGAAAAUACUCUGGGUAAAAUA